GUAAGUGGUCUAAUGUUGUUAGAACAAGUCUACGUUUCAAAUCAAACGUUGCCGCUCGAUUAUGUAAAUUGCUUUUUAAACAAAUAAACGCAAAAGAGGGAGUAUAAUUUAAAUAGUUGAAUAAAGCGCGUUAUGAUUUGCUCUGAAGAGGUCAUUAGUGAACGUGCUGCUGUGUGAUCAGUUUGGUCGUUAUGCAACUAAAGAUACGUGUGUUGAGUGAUUACUUUUGUGUGCGUCCUAUUUAAGGAAAAAGUGCAAGUGCGUCAAAACAUUGGAGAACUUUUCCUUUUUUUCGGCAAUAAAAUCGUCCUUUCGUUACGUAACACUUUUCAGUGAUAUGGUUUAUAGUUUCGCGGAUAUUCAACAUGAUUCUACCUAGAAUCUGCCAACAGUUUAAUCUUUGGCAUGUUGGAAUCCGACGAAUUGCGACUUUGAAGUGCGAAUUGAGGUUGUCUUUAAAUUCCGAAACCAGAGGUUUUUUGAGAGACUCCACAUACGGCAUCAACACUAGCAUAAGAUCUUUGUCCUUGAAAUCGACCAUUUCAAGCAAUACUAUGAGAAAGAUGUCUGGGGCCGGUUGUUCAAAUGAAAAUAAUCUGAAUAGAUUAGCUUUAGAGAAAAGUCCUUAUCUUCUGCAACAUGCUACUAAUCCAGUCGAUUGGUAUCCAUGGGGUGAGGAGGCUUUUGCGAAAGCUCAGUCUGAAGACAAGCCAAUUUUUCUUUCAGUGGGCUAUUCUACGUGUCAUUGGUGUCACGUAAUGGAAAAAGAAUCUUUUGAAAAUAAAGACGUGGCUGAAAUAAUGAACGAGCACUUUGUAAACAUCAAAGUCGAUCGAGAAGAGCGACCAGAUGUGGAUAGAAUGUAUAUGGCCUUCCUACAGGCUACCAGUAAUAAUUGCGGUUGGCCAAUGUCCAUAUUCUUAACACCUACUUUGGAACCAUUGACCGGUGGAACUUAUUUUCCUCUUGAAAGCAAGGGACUGGGUAUUCCAAGUUUCCCACAACUACUCAUCAGUAUGUCUAAUAAAUGGAAAACAGAUCGGAAAGCCUUAGUUUCCUCGGGCAAAUUCAGUCUGAAAGCAUUAGAAGACCACGCAAAGAAAGGAUUGCUAUCUGCUGAUAAGUCCCAAGUAGCAGGAGAGGAUUGUUGGCACAAAUGUGCCUUGCAACUAUCCCGCUCCUACGAAGCUGAUUUCGGCGGUUUCUCCAUGGCUCCAAAGUUUCCCCAACCAACAAACUUCAACUUUCUAUUCCAUUUAUAUGAUAAAGAGAAGGACACAGAAAGAGGAUUACAGUGUCUCGAAAUGUGCUUGCAUACUUUGAAGAAAAUGGCAUAUGGUGGUAUUCACGAUCAUGUAAAUGAAGGAUUUGCGAGGUACUCAGUUGAUGAAAGAUGGCACGUGCCACAUUUUGAAAAAAUGCUCUACGAUCAAGCACAACUGACUGUGUCUUAUUGUGAUGCGUAUGUAGUCACGAAAGAUGAGUUUUUUGCAGACGUGGCAAAAGAUAUUCUUAGCUACGUUUCUAAGGAUUUAAGUCAUGAAUUGGGAGGAUUUUAUUGUGCUCAAGAUGCCGAUUCAUACCCAUAUGAAGGUGCAUUACAUAAAAUGGAAGGUGCAUUCUGCGUUUGGGAGUACGACGAAAUUCGAAAUCUUUUGGACGAAGAAACCAACGGUAUCAAACACUCAGACGUUGUAAUUUUUCACUACAAUGUGAAGGAGAAGGGAAACGUUAGUCUAGCUCAAGAUCCUCAUAAAGAACUGAAAAAUAAAAAUAUCCUGUCUUGCUUCGAUUCAUAUGAAUCAACUGCUCGCAAGUUCAACAUUUCCAUCGUUUUACUGAAGGAAAUCCUGGAAAAGUCUCAUAAAGUUUUAUAUGAAGAGCGUCAAAAACGUCCCAAGCCUGACACCGACACAAAAAUAUUAACGUCAUGGAAUGGAUUAAUGAUAUCUGGUUUUGCAAAGGCUGGAUUUGUCUUGAAAAAUCAGUCUUACAUCAACAGGGCGAUAUUGGCAGCCAAUUUUAUUAAGAAGUUUUUAUAUAGUGAAGAAGACAAAUUUCUCUUCAGAUGCUGCUAUAAAGGCGAUACGGGGCAAAUUUCACAAACAUCAAGUCCAAUAGCGGGCUUUCUGGAUGAUUAUGCGUUUCUGAUCAGAGGUUUACUCGACUUAUAUGAAUCAUCUUUAGACGCUGAUUGGUUGCAAUGGGCCGAAACAUUACAGGAAACUCAAAAUGCUCUCUUUUGGGAUGAAACGAAUGCUGGCUACUUCAGCAGUUCUUCCUUGGAUAAAAGCAUCUUGCUUCGCAGCAAAGAAGAUCAAGAUGGAGUGGAACCCUGUGGAAAUUCCGUGUCUGUUCACAAUUUAAUACGACUAUCAACUUAUUUGCACCGAAACGAUUUGCGUGAAAAGGCCGGCGAAACUUUGGCUUGCUUCUCAGAAAGAUUGAAGAUGUUUCCCAUAGCUCUGCCUGAGAUGACUUCAGCUUUGAUGUUGUAUCACAAUUUUCCGACGCAGGUGUUUAUUGCUGGUCCUACCGAGGACAACUCAACUCAAGCUUUAUUAGAUGUUGUGCGGUCUCGGUUCAUGCCAGGACGAAUUUUGGCUGUAGCUGAUGGUCCCGGAGGACGAGCGGGACUUCUUUAUAGGCGCAUCGAAACUUUGCACAGGCUAAAGCCGAUUGAGGGCAGGGCUGCAGCUUAUGUGUGCAGAAAUUUUACUUGCAGUUUACCAGUUACGGAACCCGCUGAAUUGGCCACGUCUCUAGACGAUGCCAGUAACAAGAAGAUUGCUUAAUUAAUUCGAUCAGUAAGUUUCUUACGCUGUUAUUUGUUGUUAUUUCUAGUUUUAUUUUUGCAUCAAAUAGGAUACUCGGCUGAAAUGAAAAUGCGGUAAUUUUUUAAAUUAACUAGUUAUGCAUCUUUUUGAUCCUAGUCGAUAUUGUUGUUCAUUAAAUAGAGACAAGUGUUAAAUUUCUUCUACUUGUCAUCGUUCCAAAAUGUUAGAUCUUGUUCGGUUAUCAAUUAUUUGGAUAUAUUGAAUCUCAAUUAAUGUUUUUUUCUCUGAUUCCCUACUAUGUAUAGCCAUUUCAGUUCACUCUCCGAUCGAUAAUCAAAAUAUCCUGUUAGUUAUACAAAUUGCGGCCCAAAGCGCGGAAAUGGACAUUCUUCAAGACAAUAUUUGUAUGUAUAUUAUAACAUAAAUAUUGUAAUUUUCAAUUUUCAAUUCCUAUACAUAUUGAUCAUAAAAGAAUUCGAUUGGAGGGUAGUAAAAAUAUGUGAUAUUUGUAAGGAAUAUAUUGGUCAAAUAUUUUUUAAUUAUUCUUAUUUAUGUAUGUAAAUACUUAGGUAACGCGUUGAGUAUUUGUUGAAUGAUGAAUAUGUUUGAGAGUUUUUUUUUAUAAUUAAUUCAAGUUUAUCUGUAGCUUGAAUUGUUAUUUAUGACAUUGUUGUAAAUGUUUUUUAGCUUUAGUGAUCCAUGAAGUAAAUAAAUGAAUAAAAUAGU